UCCCAAUAAAUCAUCCAGCUGUUCGUGCCUUUCAGCGAGAUGAUGAAGGGGCAGUGGGUUGUGGCAGCAGGGGCAGCGCAGGCGUCUGCUCAGAGUCGGACUCUGAGCAGAGGAAGAAUGUCGAGGAACGGCCAGCGUCAGAAUCUGGUGGUCAUUAAGGAACUUGAGCUGAUCUUGGACUCCUGCAAACUGGAGCUCACACCUGUGGAUGAAGUCUGGCCCAACUUGUACAUAGGAAAUGUGGCUGUUGCACAGAACAAAAACACAUUAUGUAAGUUCAGCAUCACUCAUGUUUUGAACGCAGCCCACUCCAAACAGGGCAGCAUCGGUGACCAGGGCUUUUAUGGGAACAUGUGUGUUUACUUUGGCAUCCCUGCAGAAGACUCAGAUCACUUUGACCUCAGCCAAUACUUUAAAUCUGCUGCAGACUUCAUUCAUAAAGGCCUGAAGAGCAAAGAUGGGAAAGUGUUGGUUCAUUGUAUUAUGGGUGUGAGUAGAUCAGCCACAUUAGUCCUGUCCUACCUCAUGUUAAAGCACAAUUUUUCACUUAGAGAUGCCCUGAGGCAUAUUGUCAAAAAACGGGCCAUUUAUCCCAACCGGAACUUCCUGACUCUCCUCCUGAAGCUGGACGAAGAGUUGACCCGAAAAAGGAUGCUGUGCCCUGUUCUCUGACAUAAUUAUCUCCCUGCUUUGUCCUUGGCAUGUAUCAUACUCCAUUUUGAUCACAUGGGCAGCAGCUGUAAAUAGCACGUUUAUGUAACCCCAAAGAAUACAUUCUUAAAGAAUUUUUCUUUCACUUUUUUAAUUUCAUAAAUGUGUCUAUUUCUGAAAAUUAUAUUAGUUUUGAAUUUCUACAUCCUAAAACAGUUUAUGGGAUAACAGCUAAUGACAGUUAAACAAUAUAGUUUUAUCUUUAUGUACAUAAAGCUUAAUAAUUAGACUCCAAAAUUAAAGGAGCUCACAUUGGUUCUGGAAAGGACAGAUUAAUAAACCUGAAAAUGUUCUGUGUGCUCUACUUUUCGUAGUGGACCAAACGCUGCUUUAAUUUGUAUUGUCAUUGUUUCUUACACAUAUAUUUGGUUGUUUCUUUGUGCUUUGAUGCAACAAUAUGUCUUCCAAUUGAAACCAAAUAAAACUAUCCUUUAUUUCUUUUCUUCUUUUUUUUUGAAUGAUGGGGCAGGGACUGUUGUGAUGCUGCAAGAACCUUUUAGAUGUAAAUCAAAGUUAAAUUAGUUUAUUUCCCUAAACUGCUCCUUCACUGGAAAAGGUAUAACCUUGCUCAAACUAAAAAAAUGAUGUCCAGAUAUCACAUGUAAAAUAUUUGACUUCACAGAAUCUGAAUUUAAUCGCUUGCUGUCACCUGAAUAUAUUAUGUUGAUGUUAGCAAUAAAACUGCACUGACACAACUUAAAA